GCUACGAAGCACACGCCUUCACUGGCUGGCUACACAGUCAAAAGAAUUGUUACGAUCGACAAUUAUCAUCAUGAAUAUUGUAAAAAAAUGAUUGUAUAUCUGUAUAUUGAUAAUGUUAAUUUCGUAUUUUUUAAUGUGACUCUCAGUGUUGUGUAAAAUGAUACGAAUAUUAAAUGUUUUCUGUUUAUUUCUCAUAGGAGCUAAAGUAUCCAGCUGCCUACGGGUUGUAGGUAUUUCUGUGCCGCCGCUGAAGCAACGUGGUGAUUCUGCGACCCUAACCUGCGAAUACGAUUUGGAGGGCGGGAAACUAUACUCAGUGAAAUGGUAUAGAGAUAAUGAAGAGUUCUACCGAUACAUGCCGAGGCUUAGACCUCCGCAACACGCACAUCAAUUGGAUGGCGUCAAAGUUGAUCUUGAAAAGUCAACAGCUCGUCGAGUCCAUCUCAGAGAAUUGACGUUGAAGUCCCGAGGGCUGUAUCGAUGUGAAGUAUCAGAGGAAGCACCGUCAUUCCACUCGGCGCAGGCAGAGAAUUUUAUGGAAAUUUAUUAUUUUCCGAGGGAGAGUCCUCGGAUCACGGGACUCGAAGGACCAUAUAACAUCAAGGAUAUGCUAGACGUUAACUGUUCAUCAGCUCGAUCGUUCCCAGCUCCGGAAUUGCAAUGGCUAAUUAACGGUCAAAAGAUUACGGACAGAUCUUCGUUAAUAGCAUAUGGCGCGAAGCCCGCCCCACAAGGUCUUCUAGUAUCUACCCUUGGUCUCCGGACGCCAGUUCAAUCACGAAUGAAAAUCAAAUGUAUCGCAACAAUCGAUACGCAUAGACGAGAGCGUACCGUUGUUAUUGAAAUAAAUUGCGGGACCCAGCACAAACUUUGCAAUCUGUCAACAUUACUACUUGUUCAAACUUUUUAUUCAAUUAGUACAAAAUAUUUGUGAUACUCUAUUAUUGUAAAUAAACACGUUUCAUAAGAAUUGUUGUUUCAUUAUUACUUUCAAUUACCAGACCCUAAACGUCACGAGAAUACCACUGCCCUCAGCUAUAGACAAAUUCUAAAUUAAACAUGAUCACAGGCUUUUCCUACUCUUUUAAUCCGAGUACGUGGGUUUAGAACACGCAUUUUUGCUAAAUACUCAAUUUAAGUUCCUUUACACUUAUACCUCAGAGUAAAGUUGAAAAUGGUAUAAAUAUAGUGUAAUUUUGAAAAACCCUUGGCCCCUAGAUGGCAGUACCGUGGACGUUAUUUCGUAUUGUUAAAAGUGCAGUUGAAAACUUAUUUAUCAUAAAUUUUCCAUCGCGUUUUUUCGUGUGAGCGUGAAAAAUAAUGUUGUUACCUAACCUUAAUUAAGUUGAUAUUUUUUAUACGCUUGGGGUACCUAAAAGCACCGUUAAUGGAUCGCGAAGAUCCGAAAUGA